AUAAUAAAGGGCUUCAUCAGAACACAUGCAGAGUUGGGCUGACUUCAGGCUAUAUUAGGAAAAAGUAGCCUUUGAGCUUGACUUCACAACCUUGAGAAUGUCCUUUCUAGUAUAAUUUUGGUAGCUGAUCACGUGAACAGCGUGUGCACACAUUUGUACACAAACACCAUGUUAAUUUAAGACAUAAGAAAUAUUUUAUUGUUCUAUUCUUAUUAAGAAACUGUACUCAGGAGAUUCUUUCAAGAUUUAUAUUCAUGUUAAAAGUCAACAAAUUAUUACUAGACUGACAUAUUCAACAUGCUCAUAUAUUAAUUCUUGUUUCAAUUUAGAAUAAUAAGAAAUGUUAGGAAAAUGCAGGGUAAGCAAUACACUUGACUAUUUAGAACUCUUCUGCAGUUCUGUAAAAACAAUUUUUAGUUGCACUAUACGCACAAAGGCAAUGCUGGAAGAGGAAUUUGCAGGAAAUCUGCAUUUUUGUUAUUUCUCAUUUAAGCAUAGGCAGUUGUUAGCUAAUCGUGAAAACUUCAGCUCUCAAAGAAACAAAUAAAUACUUUUAAAUAUACUAAACGAAACAUUUAAUUUUAACCCCUCCCAAAACACCCAUAUACACAAAUUUGUUCAUUCUUCCUUGGGGCCAAAUUCUGAUACCUUUGCUGAAUAACAAUGAAAACCAUCUAUCUAAAGUUCUCGCCGAGCAAGUUGCUUUCUUGUAUGACGGUACAAGAAGAUCAUUCCCGAAUCUGAUAAUCUCUUCUUUAAAUUUUAUUGAUAUGGGGGCAAGUCUUACCAUCGAUGUUUAAAGAAAUCCCAUUGAUUUAAAUGUUUAGCUGUUAAUAAAGGCUAGUGUUUUUCAACGGUGCCGAAGUUGUCGAGGGGGCUGGAGGUACUCGAUGUCCCUGCGGAGUCAGUCUAGAAGUUACCGUCUGUAUUGAGGUGCAGAUCAGGGCGCCUCUGUUGUUGGCAACAUACAAAGUCUCAACGGUGAUACCACCUCAACAGAAACGGGAAAAGAGAAGUGUCCCAAACCUGGGAUUUUCAGCACACUCCACGGUAUGUGGUGGCUGUGCGUAUUCCAUAUCUAGAAGGAAAGUGUGCACAACAACUUAGGUGUCCUAGAAGUAGAUAUAUCUUCAGCCUUUACUCUUCAUCAAAGACUCAUCUGAAAAGCCUAUUGUUUUUUUCUGUAAAAGGCAAUUUCCCUGUGGAAAGCUGCUCACUGAGCAGAGUUUAAAGCAGUUUCAGGGUCAUUUCCCAUCUCCGUAAAUCUGACCAUAGGGGUCUCUUGAAAGAAAAUCGCUAAGAAUUUCCAACUGGACUAUGUAAUCACAGCGCCUGGUAUCAAGAGGAGGGGGAGUGACAUGAAAUCACUGACUUGUGACAUACAUUCCUCAGCAACAGCAGCUGCUGCCUAAUGACAGCUAAUAAAGGGAAUCUUCCCUUGACAGAGCUGCAUGCCUGCAGUGGGACUGGAAUGUGCCCCAGAUAAAUCCACUGAUAACCUAGGAAGCAGAGAUCACACCCAAAGAGUAUAAAAGACAAGCUUUGGAAGAGAGAGGAUACAACAAGGAAGAGAGAGACCUGAAGAAACAUCUCAGAAGAGACAGCUUGAACUUUCCUAUUCCCAACAAACCCAGCGCCAUGGACACUAAAGGCUCAUUUUCCUGCGGCUUCUUCUUGCUGCUGCUCAUCCAACUUCAGUCCAGCAGAGCCAACCCUAUUUACAGCCUCAGCCCUGCCAAAGAACUGGCCAGCAUGGAGGCUCUGCUGGAGAGACUGGAGGAUAAGUUUGCAAUGAUUGAAGCCCUGGAGUCCAAUCCUGACCUGCAAGAGCCCAAACCCCAGGAGGAGAUCUCACCAGAAUUCAUAGAUGAUAGUGAUGACCAGAAAGCUGAAGCUAGGCUAGCACCCAUCACCCCUGUGUCCUACAGGGACUCCUUCCUCAAGAGACUGAGGGGACUGCAGAUGCCCAGGAUGAUGAGAGAUUCUGGCUGCUUUGGGAGGAGAAUUGAUAGAAUCGGCUCCCUGAGUGGAAUGGGUUGCAAUGGUGAGUCCCGGCUAAGCCAUUUCACUGAAUAGAACAGACUGCAUCUGCGUCGUGUGACAAGGGAGGAGCAGGUUCUCUUUUAAAUCCUUAUUAAGACACAGUACAAGAAAGAAUUUUAACCUAGUAUUUAAGCUAGUACUGUUUUUUCAAAAGAAAACCUGCAUCUAUUGAUUUGCUAGGUAAAAGCACUGCUGUCAACAGUUGCUUAUACUGAGAGAAAAACAGAUUCUAGUAACACUUCUUUCAUGUUUGGCUUGCAGGUUCCAGGAAGAAUUAGGACAACCUCCCUAGCCCCUACUCUGAAGAAUGCUUCACAGUACCCGUUCCUCCCAAGACGAAAGCCGGAUGCUUUCUACGCUCUUCAACAGAAAGUUAUUCCUAUUUUUAUUUAUUUAUUUAUUUAUUUAUUUGAUGUUUUUUAAAGAACAUUUCUUACUCUAGCACCAAGAGACCAUCUUUAAAUAAAACUAACACGUUAGACAUCUAUGCUGGACCUCUCUCCUGUCUGUUCCAUUAAAAUUUCUUGUAUUUUCCUACAGUCAAAAGCCUAUGUUUUAUUGGUACUCCAGUACCCACAAGGCUGGAUCAAUCUUACACGAGACGGAGAAAAUAUGAACUUGGUAGAAAUGAAAACGAGUUUUUCACUGUUUUUUCCCCCUGCACUAAGAAAUUAUAACAGAUUAGCAGGAAAAAAGCUUGCUCAACAUUGAAAGACUAACAUGAGUCCUCCUCUAGACAGUGUUUCAGUAACAAGAGAGUCCUUUUGCUGCUAUAGAUUAUUCAGUCAAGGAAACUGCCACAAAUCCCUCACGUAAGCAAAAUUUACAUGAAAAGAAAUAAGAAAAAUCAGAACACUCCACAAAUUUCAAAGGGAGAACAACUCCACAACCAAAGGGAGGAAAGGGAAUUCACUGUAUAUGCUUUCUAGCACUAACCAAAUAAAGGUUACAAGCAUCAACAGAAAGAUACAUUAACUGUGUCUUGUCUCACUCUGCAUGUGGCUGAGGUGCCAAUCCCCAGUGUUUCCUGAUGGAUCCUCAAUGGGCUGGAAUCCUAUCACGGUAUUUCUCAUGUGACGGCAGAUGGGAUCACUCCAAUUACAAAGCAGCUUGUACAUAACAUUUAUCACUUUCUGGGUACGGCCCUUCAUAAAGUUGUUCUGAACACGGCUAACGGGAACACUGCAAGUCUGAUACAGGUUUCCUAUAAACCUUUGUAGCUAGGUUUCACAACUAUGAUCUGAAUCUGGUCCAAACCUCAUUCUCUCCCCAACCCCAAAUAGGGUUAUAUUGCCAAGACCACAUCCAGUUAGCACCCCAAGGACCACAAAUUCCCAAAUCGCCACAGCAAUGGCAUUGAGCCCAGGCUCAACGCAACUGUCCUGUGAUUGCACAUACCACUAGAAACUACAUUAUUUUGCACAUCUAAUUUUAGGUCUUGUUCCCAGUGCCCAUUACUCAAGUACCCUGGAAAGCUCGUUCAAGGCCUAAGAACGCAGCAGCGCCAGGACAGGCUCAGCUGCAGCAGAAGUCUAAUUAUGACUUGGCUUAUGCAUAUGCACACAGGGAGAGGAACAGUACUUGGUCACAAUAGGCUAUGGGGAGGCAGAUGUGCCAGAGCCAUGACAGCUGCUGACAACAGCUCUCAGCAACCACAGCCACAGUGAAACUGUAAGUCUGAGUGCUGAAUGGCACACCACUCCUGCACAGGCCUGUUUACAGCCAAGGCUGCUGUACCCACUUUAACAGAGCUUAUGUCACACAUCACAUUUCUGACAAGCUGCCCUCCCAGUCACUCCCUGUGCUGCUGAUAUGGCCUCUGAGAGGAACCUGCAUGCUACCCACCACUCUGGGCCUUGUGAUUCCUCCCUAGGAAGAAGAGCAGAAGCCCACUCUGAGGGAAUAAUUUUGCUCCACUCUGAUGUGAAACAACAGCUAGUGUGGUACAAAUCACAUGUCACAGCCUCUCCUGCAGCAGCACCAGCCAAAGAUAAAACACUCUGUGCGACAGUGCACACACAGGUUUCCCUGGCAGGAGAAUUGAUUCACAGGUCAAGACUCCCAGCAGCUACCAUGAGUCAUCUCUGCAGUGAAAAGCUACAGUGACUUUGCAUUUACUCAAGAGAUGGUUUCACAAAUCCAGGUGGUGUGAAGUCACCCUUUGGGAAGCCUUCAUGAGGACAAUGAGGCUUUGUUUUCUCCAACAGGCUGUGCAAACAGCCCUGCAGUCUCCUGUUUCCUGCUGCAGCAAGACAGGAACACAAACAUGGAUCCUUCCACACUAGCAAUGGGCAACAGCCUGACUUCCCAUGUGCUGCUAUGAAGGACAGUAAAAACAGUCCUCGUACUCUAACAAUAACAGCCCUUGCUGGAGCCAAAUUUUACCCGGUCAAGCAAAACUUGCAUAGACACUGUAAAUUGUCCCUCCCUGUCUGCCCCUCAAGGCACAGAACACUAAUUAGUUCAGUGGAAUGUGCUAAAAAUGGCAAGAAGAGUUGGUGCUGCCUGACCCAAAGCCAGGUGGGUCCAGUAUUAACAGCAAGCCAGUUCCGGGUGGAACAAGUCUGUAUUGGCUUGCAGACAGCAUGUUAAUAGACCCUGUGGUCUGGGAGAACCUAAUUGAGUCGGCAAUCUAGGAAAAAAGCAUCUCUGUGGCUGGAUUUUUACUGCUACUCCCAUAAACACACUGAGCUGUAAAGCUGCCCCAGGGAAAUCUCACAGUCAGGUCAGAAUAGGACUUCACACAGAAACAAGCAAUUGCAAAAGCUGAAUGAGAGAAACCUAGUCCCAAUCGGCUGUACAGACAAAGAGCAUCACCCCCAAGAACAAGCAAAGCUACCACUGUUGCUGUGAGAGCUGGAUCAGAGAGAGCAGGGAACAGUCUUUGGAACAGUCAGUCCCAAACAAGCACUCAGUCAAAAGCAGCCCACUGCUUAUGGAGAAAGCAAGGACAUCUGAAAGCUAAAUAUCUUUCCAGAGCUGCAUUAAUUGCCUUCUAAAGAGGGUACAGAAAUCCUGUGGCCAAGAGGGUUCCUAUAGAAAACAGAGUCCUGAAAUCCUGCCCUCCCUGUCAGGCAUCAGAGUACUUUAUAAACCUUAAUCAACCCCCACAACACAGCAUCUAAGAUGCAUGCAAGUGCUAUCAUGCUCAUUGUGCAAAGGAAGAACUAUCCCAGUGGGAUCAGAGAAGGACCAGGCUAACACUCUCCACCCAGCUCUAAUGACAUUUGCCACCUCCUGCAAUGCCAGACUUCAUACUUCCUAAUAGCUUCUGGCAGUAAUGCUGACUGGCAGCACGUAAUUCAGCAGCUUUCUUUCCUUUGAACUUUGAAAUACAAUAAUCACACUAGCAUGCUUCAUGCACACCGUAAGGCAGGAGCCUCAGAUGGAAAGGUGGUCUGGCUGGUGUGGGUUUUUUUGUAAAUUAGAUUUGAGGGUUUCUUUCCCCCCUCAGACAUGGCACUAUCCCUUUCCAGCUUCCCACUAGAUGACAUGUUUCACAGAAAUCCCAGUCUGCAGGCAAGAAAGCCAAGAGGAGCUGUCACCACUGCUUUGUUUCUCUACGAAAUCAUACAUGAAGUAUAGGACACGUCCUCCGCUGCUGCAGAGAGGUGUGGAGCUGUGCCAAUUUGCAUAACAAUCUGGCCAUAGCCAUCUUGCUUGACUUACUUUCACUGAAGCUUGGCCCCCAAAGGCCUCGGCUGAUUGACAUCUACUCGAUAAGCGUGUUGCAGUCAUCCUAGGCAGCAACUCUUUACAGAUGAUAGUACGCUGGCUCCAUGCCCAAAGACAGAGGCUACCAGCAGUAUGAUCAUACAGCUAGCAGAAAGCCUCUUGACAGCUCUGCCAUGCUGAGAACAGCCUCUCCCCAAGUCUCUCACAUGCUCACCCAGAGGUACAGCUCCCAUUAGAUGGUUGGCACCCAGUUGUCCAACACUUGCCUUAAUUUUUACACUCAAGAAAGAAAAGUCCAGAGGCAUUGCUGAGAAAUAAGGAAGGGGGAUCUUUUCCUGUGCUUUUGUCACACCUUUGAGCUGUGAAACAUCUUGGAACAAAUCAAGAACAUUUCUUGCAGCAGAUGUCCCUGUGCUGUCAUUCCCUGCUGGAACUGAACCAUUGCCACUCCAGUGACAGCUGCUAUGGACAAAAGACUUUAAAAGGGAAUCUUCUGCUGGCUGAAAUCCCCAAUUCCUUACUACAGCAAGUGAUAGAAUGCAGUGGGCUUUGUUCUUUGAGUCUUAUUCCUGCUGUGGUUGCAAACAUAAAGAAGAAAGGUCUCAAGAUCAGUCUCAUAGUGAGAAGGAAAACAUCAGAGCAAAACAAAAAGGCAGAAAGAAAUUGUGACCACAGGAUGGGCUCUUGUACUUCACUGCUGGCAACCAAAACCCACUGCUGCCUUUUGGUCCUUUUCAGUUAUGGCCUGUAACAGUUUCUGAGGCCAGCCUUCCCAUCAUCCUAUCUGAAUGAAAUGAAAGGAAUUACUUCGACUGGAGUUCCUAGCUCAAAGAAUCCUGAGCACAUUAGUCCCCCUCUAAGCAGUUGUAACCACAGAGGGAGGAAGGAAGAUUUGUAAGACCUUCCCCCUACCUUCCCAUCUCCUGAAUGCUCUCUUGGAAAACCAGCAGAAUCCUGUAUAGAAAAAGAAGCAGAACUGGGAGAAGGAAAAAUUUUAAGAAAGUCAAAGGUAGUGAGAAGGCAGCUAGGGCCAGGCCUGCAAUGCUGGGAAAUGGGAAGAAGCAAAAGAAAGGUAAAAAUCAAUGUGUAAAUUCAACCAUCCCACAGUGAUACUUUCUAGUAUAAGCACUAAGGAGCUGUUGGGGGAGUCAGCAAGGGUCUCAGGGUUGUCCUGUCUUUUCUGUUAGUCAGGAGUUCUCCAACACAGUACUGUUUUUUGUGUUCAUCUAUUCAGACUGGUAUAUGUGGGUUCCAGUCUCCUGCUCCUAGAUGCUUAAGAAUCACUAAAAUGUGUGUUAAACCAUACAUGGCCCAUACAGUGACUCAUGCUUUUAUUUCUGCCUGUUUAUUUCUGUUUUGAAACAGACUGGAGAAAGGGACAUCCUGCUUACUUUUAAGCGUCUAAACCUCACAGACUGAUACCCCUUACUUCCCAGACGGUGGUGGAACUCACUGCCGUCUCAUUCCAGCUAUGAACAAGCUUUUUUGCACACUGCAUGUGAAAAGCUACAGUGGAAGCUGAAGACACUGGGUGUAUCCCAUGGCCGCUGAAAAGCGCUUCAGCACCCUGGACAAGAAGAGCAGCUUCAUUCUCUCAUCUUACACGCAAGCACAGCCAAAGCUCGGGGCAGCCAUCCGCUGUUUCUUCCUGUGCAUGCUGCACGGUACACACCUGUAUGUGUAUGCAGACGUGCUAAAGUAGGCAGCUUGUACCCUGCCAGCAAAGCAAAACAAAAAUAAUAAAAAAAAUAUCUCACUUGACAACACCCAAGUUCUUCUGCCAGAUACACAGUUUACAGGUACAGCGAUCAUGACACAUGGUUGGGUUUACUGAGUCUGUAAACCUCAGAAGAAAGAGAUUUUAAUCUAAACAUGCAGUUUGUUGCUUUAAGCAUAAAUGUAUUACACAGCUUUUCUAGUAACCACCCCUAUCACCCACGAUAAAAAUGCAAGACAAACCACCAUUUGUAACUAUUUUUGAUCUCUCCCUCUUGGCAAGAAACUUUACUGCUUUUAUUCUCUGCAUUAGGAAUGACCUUGCAUAUAAUCUUGACAACCAAAGCAGCCCUAAAGCUAGGUUAAAACCAAGUGUCUGUACCUGCAUCAGUCCAGCUGGCUGCUUUAGUAGGUUUGGCUGCAAGAAAAUUGCCAUUACACCAAAUUGUCAAGCUAUCUCUGUAACCAUGGACACAGCUCUUCCACCCUCUUUUUUUCAGGGGUAGGAGGUGAGAAAGUAGAUGAAAGACCAGACAGUCUAUUAUCUCCUUUGCUGUUAUGCUAAAGUGGCAGUUGAUGUACCUCAAUUUUAGGAAAGAGAUUCUUCUCUCAUUCCCUCCUACACUACUGCAUUUAAGCCUUUAGGCAGGAGCAGAACUCGAGCGGAGUUUUCCCCCGCUCUUUUCUCCUGACGACUCUCUUUACCCCGAUUCCUUGCUAGGAGCACAGCUUAAGACCACCAUGGCACUACUUACUUAGCUCCCAAACACAGACAUUCUGCCAUCCCCUCCCAUCAGACGGUUUUAUCUAUUUCAGGCUCUCCCUAUCAUUAUGUACACACCAAGCGAGAGACUGAGGGCAGGAGCCAGAUAAGCAGCUAGCUAACUUCAUAUUCGAGUACAUCAGAGUGCCCUGUACAACACUGCUACCUGAUCCAGAAAAACAGCACAAACGUGGAAAAGCAGUGAGUUUUUUGGGUCAGAUAUUUCUGCAGUGUUCAAAGACUGUACUUAGAUUUUUGGCCUGUAAGCAUGUGAUGGAAGUUCAAAAAUUGUCACAAGUUCUUUCCUGUAAGGUAGACAGCAGGAUAAGGCAGGAAAGAUAGCCACAAACUAAAUAAAAGCUAAAGAUGGAAUUAACGAUUUUUCACAUCCUGGAGAAGUUAUCUGUAAAACGUGAGGUGCAAUACUGCACUCAAAGCCUUUCAUUCACUUACUGGGAAGGAGGGGAAAAGCAAGAGUUCUUAGGUAAGAAAAGCAGCCUCUAGCACAAUGUGCACAAUUCAGCUCAUUAUCAAGCAGUUGGUAAUUCCCUCUUUUAAACAGCUGUUGUGAGACAACAGUGGUCACGGCCUGAAGGAUUACACCCGUGCCUAUCUUUGCCCUGCCUCAGAGCACCUUCUGCACAAACUGUUAG